CUGCUGCAGGAUGUCCUGCUGCCCUUCAGCAUGUGAGAGUGGGCCUGAGGGGGACCCUGGUGGACAUCCAAGGGCAUGAAGAGACCCCUGAGCCCAUCCCACAGCCCCGGGAGCGGGGUGAGGCUGGUGGAGGUGGGCAGCUGCCCGCCCGGCCAGCCCGAGCAGCGCCUGAAGCGGGAGAAGAAGCAGCAAUCGUUCACCCUCUGCGAGGUCUGCAACAUCCAACUGAACUCCGCGGCGCAGGCGCAGGUCCACUACAACGGCAAGAGCCACCAGAAGCGCCUCAAGCAGCUCAACAAGGGCAAGCUGCCAGCACCACAAGGUCCCUCUGGACACACCAGUCCCCUCUUAGCAUCGUUGCCUAUCCCCGGCCGUCCCCUCCACCCCCCGCUGGACAUCAAGCACUUCCUGACCUUCAGGCUCAACGGGACGUCGCCGCUCAACCUCUUCCCCAACUUCAACACGAUGGACCCGGUGCAGAAGGCAGUGAUCAGCCACACCUUCGGCGUGCCCGCCCCGCUCAAGAAGAAGCAAUUCAUCUCCUGCAACAUCUGCCACCUGCGCUUCAACUCGGCGAACCAGGCAGAAGCUCACUACAAGGGCCACAAGCACGCACGGAGGCUGAAGGCCAUCGAGGCCAUGAAGAACAAGCAGAAGGCAGCAGGGGCUGUGGUGGUGGCUGCUGGCCAGGAUGGCUCAGCUGACUUCACCCCCAGCCCCGAGGGCAGCGGGGAGCCCGGCAGCACAGCUCAAGCCAACGGACUGCCGGAGCCAGAGGGUGAGUGCAGCACCCUGGCGCUGAUGCCCGACACGGAGGAGCCGCCCGCGGAGCUGGCGGGCAGCGUCGCCCCGCUGGGCUCCCCGCCGGCCUCGGAGCUGUCGGAGGGCACCUCGGACGUCACCAGCGUGGCCUCCUCCUCCACCGCGCAGGCGGCCGAGGCGCAGGCGGCCGAGUCGGGCAGCAGCGUCAGCUCGGCCCCCGAGAGCGAGAAGGAGGGGAAGAAGAGCAAGCAGCACCUGUACUGCCCCACCUGCAAGGUCACCGUCAACUCCCUGUCCCAGCUGGAGGCUCACAACACCGGUGCCAAGCACAAGUCGAUGCUGGAGGGCCAUGGCAGCCAGCUGCGGCGCGGCCGGGGCAAGCUCCUGUCCCGGGCAGGGCACAAGUCCAAGCGGAUCGGCAACAAGGGCAGCAUCAACAUCCAGAACAAAGCCUUCCAGUGCCAGGUGUGCGAGAUCUACGUCAACUCCGAGACGCAGCUCAAGCAGCACAUGAGCAGCCGGCGGCACAAAGACCGACUGGCAGGGAAGCCUCCCAAGCCCAAGUACAGCCCUUACAGCAAGCUGCAGAAGAAUGCUGCCCUCGCAGUGAGUAUUCUCCAGUCCAAGCUGGCUCUGCAGAAGCAUCUCACCAAGACGCUGGCGACUCGCUUCCUGCCCAGCCCGCUCACCGCGGCCGCCGUCUGCGCCAUGCCAGGGCCCCUGGCGCUCAGACCAGCUGCUGCCACCACCCUCUUCCAGGCCCCGAUCCUCGGACCAGCUCUCUUCCGAACGCCGCCGGCCCACGUCCGCCCCACGCCAGGCCCCAUCGUCUUUGCGCCCUACUAGAGCCGCUCGGCCGCCGCGGACCAGGCUGUGCCCCGGGGGCUGCCCGGCGGGGGGCAGCGCCCCCGGGCACGCUGCUCGGCUGGCCGGUGGGGAACCGUAGCUGUAGGCAUCAACCCCAGCUUCUCCUUUGCUUCGAGCUGGCUCCUGCUGGAGGAAGGUGUCCCAGCAGAGCCCGGCCAGCCCUGCCAUGCAUCUCUGCUGCUCCCCCGGCCCGUGCCAGCCCCGUGCUCAGCAGAGGAGCUCAUCACACGGCUGGCUGGCACAGGGCAGAGGACCACGCCCGAGUCACCAGGACUUUCUCGUGGCCAGGAGCUGCCUGGCUUCUUGCCCAUCGUCCUCCCAGUUACCGGACUGGCAGAGGAGGAGUUGGCUGGUCCCUGGGGGAAGGAGCAUCCCUCUGCCCAGCCAGUCCCUGCCAGCCCAGUGGGAAGGGAACUGCAAAGGGAGUCUCAGCCCAGCCCUUACUGGGUGAAACGACCCCGGCAGGGGCGGGAAGUUGGCAGUUCCCUCUCAGGCUGGGCUGGCUGUGGCCCCUCCAGCCCGGCACUUGCCUGUACUGGCCGGGGACUUCCGUGCUGCCCACCAGCCCCCUGCGUCCCACCAGCCAAAGAGCCCCUGCCAUGGUGGGCGCCGGACUGUACCCUCACUCCGAGAGCAAUAGCCAAGGCCAGGGCUGGCAUCUCCGCCCGCCGAAAGCACACUGCCCGUCCUGGCCCCCAGAAGCACACGGCACAGGCACCCGGCGCGGGCACCCGGCCGGGGCCAGGCUCUGCUGCAGCCCAGCCAGGACAGCAGAGCUGGUGCCAGCUGUUUGCCUCCGUCCCAGCCGCGGGGGACAGCCCUGCCCCUACCUCGCGGGCGAUGCUGUGAGCCUGUGAAUGUCCCUCCAGCACUUCUGGUUCUCCAGGCAGCGGCAGCGCUGUGCCCGGCCCUCCGUCCCCACCCGCCGCCCCCGUCUGGAGCUUCCAGGGAGCCACCAACACUUCCUACCGACAGAGACCCCAGCAGCCUGCACAAUCAGGCCCGAAGGAGCAGCUGGCACCCACGGCCUGUACCCAGCACCCUCCCUGCAGUGCUCCCACCGCAGCCUGCGGAGAGCUGGGCUCUGGAGGGACCCCGAAGCUGCAGCCUCUCACUGUGCCCAGCACCCACCCGGUCAGAACUGUCCCCAUGGCACUGCAGGCCUCCAGCACACUGCUGGACACAGAAACAUACAGGAGAGCUGCACCCCAAGUGGCACUCAGGCUGGCAGUGACGACCCCCACCCCGAUCUAUGCAAUCCCAGGGAGCAGCUCCGUGCCAGCUGCACCUUCCCUUGGUGCUUGUGCUGCUGGCACAG